AUGAGGCAGCUGGAUGAUAUGUUUGGUACAAAUCGUCAACUUAGUGCUAAACUUAGAAACCAGAAAGAUAUGAUGAGGAAAAGAGUCUCAGAGAGAAACCAAAGGAAGAACUCAAUGUUUUCUGUUAAAGUUCAGACGGAUACACAAGAACGCCCACAGCAGAAAACCGUCCAUUAUCGAUCUGUUUUGGUACAAACGGAGAUGGACAAAGAGGAAACCAGCCAUCGGUUACAAUCAGACUGUCGAACGAUUUCGACGCAAACGGAAAUCGAUGUGCUGGAAACCUUGAAACCAGUCAGCCGAACGAUUUCAACUCAGAUGGAGAUCGAUGUGCUGGAAACCAGCUAUAGAUUAGAACCAGUCCAUCUAACAGUUGAAUUGGAAACAGUCUGUAAAGAAGAUUCUGAACCAAACAGUGAAGUACAAAAAGGUCCAGUACCGGAAACAGUUGAGGUUCAGACAGCCUCCCUGAAAGAUGAGAGUCAUGGAAAAGAAACAGAGAUCGCUACAUUACAGCAGAUCAGUGAGGAAGAAGCUGUUUCUGUAAACCAACCAGAUGGGGACCAGCAAGACAAGAAAAAACCAUCGAGGAAAGCUAAAUGGAGGAUCAAGAGAAAGGCAGCAAUUAAAGCUGCCUCUGAAUUAAAAAACCUCAACAAGGAUAAAGUUUCAGUCCCAGAAAUAGUCAGCGAUCAGACAGCCACCAUCAUAUCUGAGAUUCGUAAAACAGAAACAGCGAUUGUUAAACCAGAGCUGGCAACUGAACAUGAAAUCGCUAAAAUAGAGCAAAGUGAGUUCCAGCAGGAUGAAGAAAAUAAUGAGACAUCAAUACCUGAUUCAGAAACGAUACCAGAGAUCCUCGAGAUAAUUUCUGAACAGAUAGAGACCAAACUUUGCUCUAUUCCAGAAGACGUCACUGGUGAGUUUCCAGUAGUUAUCGCAGAAGUGGAGAGCGGCCUGCUGGAAGAACAAAGGACACCACCUCCACAGAUGAAGGAAGAUGAGAUCCAAACAACAUCCCAGAAAUCAGAACCUCUAGCAGCCAAAGAGUCAGCUGAACAAAAGUCGGAACAAGAAGAGAGUCCCAGGAAGAGGAUCUCACUGUGGAGGAGAAUUAAAAAGGCUUUAACGCCAAAAUCUAUAUGUGCCCAUUCAAAGAUAGGCGUUAACAGUGCAGACAUCAAUAUAUGUCUCAACUAAAUUCGAUUUAAAAGGGGGGUGGGGCCACGUGUGUUUUGGGUAAUUGGCGGGAAUUGGAAAAAGAGCUGCUGUUAUUGCUAAUUGGACAUAUUAAUAUAAAAAAGACAGGACUGCACAAUGGGAAAUGUCUCCCCCUGUAGGUGUGGGUUCACUCCGGGUGCGUCGGCUUCCCAACAUUCAACAUGUUCAUCCUUUGUAAAAUUUGUACUUCUAAUUCUAAACAGAAAAUAAGACAAUCACAUUUAUUAAUUAAAGGGAUAUUUAGGGAAAAAAAUUAAACAACAUGGAACAAAAAGAGCAUUUUAGAAGUCUAACCUAUACAAAUUGGGGAAAAAAAAUUGCAAACUAUCUUUCUGGGCAAAAGAUAUAUAUAUCUAUAUCUAAAUUGUUC